AUGAAAACGGACGGAAAAAAGUUGAUUGUUGAGUUGGUGAUUAAAUCACAAGGAGCGAUCGCAAAGCCAAAGCUGCCAUUUUAUAUUGCCAAGAACAUGACGAGAGGCGCUGAUUGGAUGGACAGGAUAGCAGAAAACCGCGAUACCAAGACUUCCGCUCUCGGAGAACAAGUACCAAUAGCAUCAAUCGCAAAAAGAAGAAGCAGGAAACGGGAAGGCAGCGGGGAACAAGAUGACCAUCAGAUGCCAGUCAUAUUAGAAAUCCAAGGGGCAUAUUCUUUUGGGGAAGAGAUAUAUCGGGUUGGAUCACACGAUAUAAGAUGGGGCUGGCAGGAGACACAUAUACACAAGAGUACGAGGAGUGUGUUACUUGAUACAAAAUGGGGAAUAAUUUGUGUUGGAAGAACGGAGGCGGUUGAUCUGGGCUGUGGUUGGUGGGUGGAGGGAGUGAGGUGCGUGGAUAGAAGGCACGAGACGAGAAAGAGGCAACGCGAGGAGGAGAAAACAGAGAUAAUUCGAAGGGGGGUGCUAGAAUCCUUAAGUAUGGUCGGGCUUUUGAUCUUUCAAGGGAAUCAUGACAGACUCCUGCCACUAGCCUCGGAUGACGACGCUAAAAUCGAUGAUCCUGGUAACUUAGAAUUCUUCGCCGCUGAUUGGCUAUAUGCGGGGCCCUCUGAGAUCAUUCACGCGAUCAUUGGUUAA